AUGGUGAAGAAAGAGAUGGAAGUAGUGAAGGAUCUGGACCUGAAGAGGUACAUGGGCAGGUGGUACGAGAUAGCUUCGUUUCCAUCUAGGUUUCAGCCUAAGAAUGGGAUUAAUACGAGGGCAACGUACACCUUGAACGACGACGGCACUGUCCAUGUUCUGAAUGAGACUUGGACCGAUGGAAAGAGGGGCUACAUUGAAGGGACUGCGUAUAAAGCAGAUCCCUCCAGUGAUGAGGCUAAGCUCAAGGUCAAGUUCUAUGUCCCCCCAUUCCUCCCCAUCGUCCCUGUCGUCGGAGAUUACUGGGUUCUGUACAUUGAUGAUGAUUAUCACCAUGCUUUAAUUGGCCAGCCUUCCAGGAACUAUCUUUGGAUACUAUGCAGAGAUAACCAUCUUGAUGAAAAGACCUACAACCAGCUUGUUCAGAAGGCCAUAGACGAGGGCUAUGAUGUGAGCACACUUCACAAGACCCCCCAAACUAACCCUCCGCCAGAGGGAGAAGGCCCCAAGGACACCAAAGGAAUUUGGUGGAUCAAGUCCAUUCUGGGUAAAUAG